AUGGAAAAUCUGACUGUGGUGACUGAAUUCACUCUUGAAGGACUUUCUAACAACCCACAACUGCACAAUCUACUCUUUGUAGUGUUUUUGAUUAUCUAUUUCAUUACACUUGUUGCAAAUAUGACUAUCAUUCUGGUUACUGGGGCAGAUCCUCACCUUCACACACCAAUGUACUUCUUCCUUUCUCAUUUAUCAUUUGUGGAUAUCUGCUAUUCCUCAGUCACUGUUCCAAAGAUGCUGGAGAACCUUGUAGCCAAGAAGACCAUCUCAGCCAGUGGAUGUAUUGCCCAGAUGUUUUUCAUUAUAAUGCUGGCUUGCACAGAAAUUCUAAUCCUGUCUGUCAUGGCGUAUGACCGAUAUGCUGCUAUAUGUCUCCCAUUGCAUUACCUGGAGACUAUGAACAAAAAAAUGUGCAAUCAGAUGAUAGUGGGUGCCUGGGUGGUCAGUUUUCUCCAUGCCCUCAUUAACACUCUCCCUGUCUCAGCAUUACACUUCUGUGGGCCUAACAGAGUCAGCAAUUUCAGUUGUGAACUCCCUCCACUUUUGUUGUUAUCCUGCUCGGACAUUUUAGUGAAUGAAAUUGUACUCCUGGCCUCUCUUGUGAUGUUUGUCAUGAGUGCCUCAAUCCUCACCUUGGUGUCAUAUGUUCAUAUCCUCUUCACCAUCCUCAAAAUACCAUCCACAGAAGACAGAAGCAAGGCUUUUUCCACCUGCAGCUCACAUCUCAUUGUUGUUAGUUUAUUUUAUGUGACAGGUUUUUUUCGGUACAUGAAACCUGCUUCAGGCUACUCACUGGAAAGGGACCAACUUGUAGGAGUUCUAUACAGCAUCUUAACACCAACGUUCAACCCUCUCAUUUACCGCCUAUGGAACAAGGAAGUGAAAUUGGCAGUGAGAAGGAUAAUGGGUAAUAGAAUGCACUUGAGAUGA